AUGACAUCUGACCGUGAGUGCCAAGCGUCCACGUGCCCAGGCGCCAACAACCCCAGCCCAAUCCAUCCAAUCCAAGAUCCAUCACCAACAACUUCAACGUGCGACGACGACGCUCGACAGAGCGAAGGGACGGGGCGUUUUCGUCUGGUGUCAUCAACCACUUCCCCGCCGUACCAGAUCCGUCGGUCCAACAGUCCGUCUGAAUCGAACUCCGCCCGGAAUGGCUUGCGGUUCGAGCCGCCUGAAUCCUUGGCCUGCGACUUCCUCUGCCUCAGUUGCCUCGUUUUUCAUCGCAGCAAACGCGUCUCCACCGCCUGUGAUUUCUGUCGCAAACGCAAGAAGAAAUGUGACUUUCGCUACCCCAAUUGCUCCGCAUGCACACGCGCGGGCGUCCGAUGUACCGUGCCACCCCCCGGUCCACAAGUCGCUAGUGCCUCCGUUCCGCGAGAUCAGCUCGAGAAUCUACAGAACCGAGUCCGAUGGCUGGAGGAAGUCGUGCGCCGCAAAACCGGCAUCCCCAUUGCCGAUCGUCCAACAGGGAGUGCGUUGGAUGGGGAAGGGGAUCCGGACUGGUGGUAUCAGGUGCCAACCAUGCUGAUGGGCCGUAGCAGCAGCCUGUCCCGGCCGUCAACGACAACCGCGUCCAACAGCCCGGCGAGCGCGUCGACGGUGGGAACGGAGCUGCCCAAUGUCGGCGAGAUCUUUCGGGAUCACCUUGAGCAUCGACCACCAUCCGUUGUCCGUCCUCCGGUCACGUCGUCUGCUCCUCGUGUCCUUCGACUCGCUUCACUGCAGGAAGCAGAGCGGGUGGCUUGUCAGUAUUUCGAUAGUAUGGGCUAUCAAUAUCCGUUUUUACAUCGUUCGGACUUCUUUCCUCCUCUACGCCGCAUCUACGCCGGCGAGACCCCUGCUCCGGAAGUCCUCUAUACUUAUCACAUUACGAUCGCCAUCUCCCUAUUAAUUGGGGCAUCGGACGAAACCCGGGCUAUGGAAUUCUAUCGCGUGAGUCAGGAAACACUGCCAAUAGCGCUGCAGAAUGAGGACCUGGCUGCAGUCCGUGCUCUACUCAGCCUGGCGUUGUACACUUUAUUUGCAACCAGCGGUCCUAGCGUGUGGCAUGUGCUGGGCACUGCCUUGCGUCUGGCGACCAGCCUGGGUCUACACAAAGCGCGCCCUGUAGCGAGCUUGGUGGAGGAGGAAAUGUCCAAACGGGUGUUCUGGAGUCUCUACAACCUGGACCGGUUGAUCGCCAGUACAUUGGGGCGACCGUUAGGGAUAGUGGACGAGGACAUCAGUGUGGGCCUGCCACGCGAGUUCAACGACGACUGGACCGAGGCGCCAGGGACCAGCGUGAUGACCAUUCCCGUGCAGGUUGUGCGCUUGCGUCGGAUCUUCUCGCGCAUCUAUCGAUACUUGCAUAAUAAUCAGCCACCUCCGGAGCCAAGUGAGGUGGCCCACAUGCUGAGUCACUUUCGUCAAGAGCUAGAUGACUGGCGUCGCAAUGCUCCAGUGUACCCGCCGGCCCUUUUAUAUUCCACCAGCUACUACGACUACCUCUACGCCACGACACUGUUACUGAUGUACCGUCCCAGUCCGCGGAACCCCACACCAGACGCGACCAGCAUUGUCAGUUGCGGCGAUGCCAGUAUCCAAGUCAUCCGGUCCUACUGGGACAGCUACUCUGUGGGAAAACUGAAGUGGAUCUGGCUGACGCUGAGUCAGACGUAUUUCGCCGGCAUCACGAUCUUGUGGUGUCUGAAUCAUGAUCUGCUCGCGGUGAGAGAUGGCCACCCGGCAGCUUGGCAGCCCGACGAUCAAACGAUGCGUCGUGCCAUCCAGGCGGUGGUAGUACUCCUGGAAGAAUUUGGCAAGCGACGACCGGGGGUGGAACGGCUGGCUGAGACGUUUCGACAGCAAAGCACAAUGAUCUUCAGUAAUCUCGCAUAUCAACAGGAGCAGCUAGGUCAGCAGAACCAGCCACCGCCGCAGGUCCCGUCUGUAUCACAACAGCCACACAUCCUCGUAGCACCGCCGGUGCCGUUGGCGCCCGUUCUGGAUGACGUGCUCCUCGUGGACGAGUCGGGAGCGAUGCCUGUAAUGGAUCCUCAGUUGGCACAGCAAUUGUUUUAUUCGUAUGAUUGGUUUCAAGAGGAGAUGGCUACGUAUUAUACCCUGUGA